GAGUGCAGUGGAAGCUUCAAAGUAAAUCUAUUUUGGUGACUAUUGGAGCCUCAAGAUGAGAUUUUGCGUAUUGCUCCUGACGGUAGCCAGUGCCUUGGCCUGGCCCGUACAGUGGUCGGAAACCGACGAACAAUGUCCUCCCAUGAGCGACAGGCUCUUCGAGUCCGGCUCGAGCUACCUCCUUAAAUACGACGCAUCUGUCACCACCCUCAUCCAGGGGACCAGUCAUGAGGUCACAGGAAUGAACGUCGACUGCGACGUCUUAAUAGAGGCAACGUCGGAUUGCAUGUUGGUCUUAUCCACCGAAAAAUGCAACCUGAAGAACGUUGAGGGACAACGCUUGCUGAACAGCAAGCAGUUCUCCCAGGACAUGAGUGCCCACAAAACCAUCUUGAAAAUGGACAAUGGUAGAGUGUUGGAAAUCCUCGCACACGAGGACGAACCUCUUUACAUUCUUAACAUCAAGAGGGGUAUCAUCUCCACUCUCCAGUACGACUUGAGAGAAGACCAAGUGGUUGAACAGACCACCGUCAACGGAAACUGUACCUCACAGCGCACCGUCAUCGACCGUUCAAGACCUGGCCGUGUCCAAGAAGUGUCCAUCACAACCGAUCUCAACAACUGCACCAGACCCCAACAGAAGGUUGUUACAUUGUCUCCAACUUCAUUCCUUACCGGUGUGCAAGUCGCCGACAAGUUCAUCAACUCCACCAGGGUAUGUAGCUACGAGCUGAGAGAUGAGAAUGUCAAGAAGGUCAACUGUUUCGAGAGCCACGUCUUCAACCCAUUCAGCUACGACGGAGUGCGCGGAGUCCAGACAUUCAUCCAGCAAGAGCUUAAGUUCAAGGAAAAGGGAAAGAUCAACAGUGUCUUGAAGCUGAAGGACAACUUGGUAAAGAAGAACUUGACUUUUGAGUUUGAGGAACAGCAGGAAUCUGCUCAUGAUGACCGUACCCAUGCCGAAGCCAUCCUGGCCGAGCUUGUAAAGGGCUCCCUCGAGGAAACUCAGAUGGACAGUGCUCGCCUCUUUGGAGAGUUUGUUGUCAGCAUCCGUACCUUGAACUACGAGACUUUGAAAGCGCUUUUCGAUGGAGUCCGAACCAGAGAGGUUGAACUUGAAAAGACUUACAAGUACGAUGCCCUCCUCCAGUGCGGCAGUGUCCCAUGCUUCAAGGUGAUGAAUGAUCUCGUCAUUGAUGAGUCAGUCCCAUCUCCAAUCUCCGAUGCCAUCAUGUACAUCAUGGCUUUCCGUCAGUUCCCACCUCUGACCCUCAUUGAGGAGAGUCUGAGAGUUGCUCACGUCCACAAGAGGCAGUCAGUCCUCCUUCCGCUCAGCAUCAUGGUCCAUAACUACUACAUCCAACAGGAGGAGACCCUGAAGGUUGCUCGCAAGCUUCCCGAUCCCCUGAAGGAGACAAUCCGUAUGGUCCGUGACAUGCUCGGCAGAGAUUGCUCCACACCCGAUGAGAUCCAAGGAGAAAGGAGAGUUGAGAACAACCGUCUUGUCCUCCUCGCCCUGAAGAGCAUUGGCAACAUGGGUGAAGCCGUACAGAAGUUUGACAGUGACGAGAUGUACACCACCGAGCAGAUCGUUCCCCGUCUGAAGGAAUGCAUCGCCCGAAAGGACCUCCACCACAACGCCUCAAUGGCCGCCAUCCAGGCUUUCCGCCGCUUCAACAUCCCAAGCACUGACGAGAAGAGAGUCCGCACUUCACUGAAGGAAGUCCUCGGAGACUCCUCAAGGAAGGUCCACUCCCGCAUUGCUGCUUACCUGAUGGUCAUGCGUAGCCACCCUGAGAUUGUUGAUCUAGAGGAGAUCAUUGAAAUCAUGCUGAACGAGCCCCUCAUGCAAGUUAAGGCUUUCGUCUUCUCUCACAUCGAGAAUGUCCUGGAGUCAGAUGAGCCCCUUGUUCAAGAUCUGAAGAGGAAGAUUGUCGCUGCUAUGGGCAACCGUAUGCUCCCAGAGUACCCCAAGGACCCUCUCCGUUACUCUCGCAACAUUGAGAAGUCUAAGGCUGUCAACGUCCCCUACUUAAACAAGACCAUGGCCGCUCAGAUGGAAUCCAACAUCAUCUUUGACGCUGAGCACUACCUGCCCCAUCACGUCAUGCUCAACACAACCAUCAAUGUCCUCGGACAGAGCUGGAACUUGUUUGAGGCUGGUGUUGAGAUGAAAGGAUUUGAAUCUGCUCUUGAGGCCAUCUUCGGUCCCAUGGGCUACUACCCUGAUGACAUCCUCGGCAGCAUCUACAAGCAGAUGGACACCAAGAUCCUCCCCAAGAUGUGGAAUGCCUACACCUUCCUGGUGGAAGAGGCUCAGGUCCAGAUUGAGGACCUCCGCAACACACCCUACGCUGAGAUGAGUGAGAAGAUCUUGGAGAAACUUGAUGCUGCCAAGAAGGUUAUCCUCGAGAAGUUGAACAUGGCUAAGCCCAAGACCACCACCACUCCCCAGAAGGAGAGCCCAAUGGCUGAGCAUAUGAAUGAAGUGCUGAAACAGGCCCUUCCAGCCGAAUUCGAAGCCAAACUGAACAAGAUCCACGAGAUGAUCCCCCAGGAAGCCCAGAUGGUCCACGCCUCUGUGUACCUGAAGAUGCUCGGUAACGAGCUCGGAUACAUCAGCCUUGAAGACAUCAAAGGCCUGAUCCCAAGACUCAACUUCACUGUCGCUAACAUCAAGACCGUUGCCAAGAAGUAUGCCCAAGAGAUGAUGGAGAAUGUUGCCCAAGGAAUUGAGAAGAACAUCACUAAGAGCUUCAUCUUCUUGGAGCGUGACUUCAUCAUCCCAACCAGCGCUGGUCUUCCUUUGAACUGCUCUGUCAAUGGAUCCGCUGUGCUUAGCCUGCGUAUGCGUGCUGCCCUCGGUAUGGAGCUGAUUAUGACUAAGGCUUUCGCCUCUGGCAGAAUCGCCCCUAGUGCUUCUAUUGAGGUUGUGGGAACCAUGGGAGUCAAGGUACCAGUCCUCGGUGAGGCUUCCGUCAUGGCUAACGCCACUGCCUACCACGCCUCUCAUGUUGAGGGUAACAUCACCCUUGCUGGACCACACCUCAAGUUGAACCUCAACUCUACCCAGGGACCAAUGAACCUCCUUAACUUCUCUACCAACUACUUCUUGGUCAAGCCUGAUGGUGGCAUCCAGCUCAUCCCAGGAGUGCAGAAGGACCGUGUUGAUGUUAAGAAAUGUGUCGGAGUCGCCAAGACCGUCCUCGGAACUGACCUGUGUGUCUCAUGGGCUUACCCCAACGCUAGCUAUGUUGAUGAAGCACCUCGCUUCCCCAUCACUGGACCAACCAGCUUCAACAUCACUCUUGUCAACUCUGACAAGGCCCUGAAGACCUUCACUCUCGAGUUCUUGUACAAGAACAUGAAGAAGGGAGGAAGCCCAGCCAAGAAGACAAUCCAACAACUGAUGAAGAAGAAGUCUGCAUCCAUGCCCGCUGAGAUCACCGACGUCAUCUUGGUUAACUUCACUGCUCCAGGUGAGACCCUCAGAAGAGAGAUCUCUUCCAAGAUCACCUUCAACCGUGCCACCUACGAGACCAAGUGGAACUUCUCUGUCCCCGAGCUCCAGACCUAUGCCUUUGCCGGCCUUCUUAACCUGAAGAACCCCAAGACCAACACCAAGGGUAUUCACCUCGUUGCCAAUGCCACCCUCACUCCCGAGUACAAUGCAUCCGUCUCUCUGACCCUGAAGAACGUCACCACUGUGGAGAAGACAAACCUCACCGCCGUCUUCAAUGUUUCCGUUAUGGAGCUUUACUUAGCCAAUGUUGCUCAGUUUGUGAAGGAAGGCAUGAAUGUUAAGGCCAGCGCAACCAACUUCUACUACUGGGAUAAUGAGACACCAAUCUACCAGCAGAUUCUCUUCCCCCUCUACAACUACGCCAUCCGUCAGGAUAAAUACCGCCAGAACACCGCUUUGGUUCAGUGGGACGUCACUCGUCUUAGCCCAGAAGCAUACAAUGUUGAUGCCAAGGCACUCCUGAGUGUAUUCCAACAGAACCUGACCUUCACCAGCCAAGCUAGGAGAGUAGAAGCUGUAUCUUAUGAUAACGAUAUGGAAAUUAAAUUCGCCAACUGCUACAUGGAUUACUCAAUCCUCAAUAGUACAGUGAGCUCCCGCGACUCUGUACUGUCACCAACCGUCACCAAGUAUGACAUCCGAAUGGCACUGACACGUAAUGACAAAUCAAUCGUCUAUGAACAUGAGAGGAUCUUCAGUCCCAAGGAGCUGAACGAAACUGUCACCAUCGGUUUCGAGAAGAUGGAGAAGACUUUGAAGCCAAGCUUCGAGGCUUACAGAGAUUGGACUUUCUUGAGCAUGUAUGGCGACAGCGCAUUCACCACAACCAAGACUUCUUACAAUAUGACCACCAAGCUUUGCCUGCGCAAUGAGACCAUGGAUACCAUGGAGCCAACCCCAGUCAUGUACAUGGCUUACUUCAACGUUAGUCUGCCAAAUCCAAUGAGUGAGGAACGCAUCACAUACAGCAUGAGCGGCCGCUAUGCCAAUGAGUCUCCACUCCUUGACAACCAGUACAGCUAUUGGACCCAGUUCAACACCACUGUACCAACACUGAAGCUGAAGACCGCUUCCGUCUACACUCUCAUGAAAUCCGAGAAUGACUUUGUCUUCUGGUUUAACGACACCGCCAUGACAAUGGAGGAGAAGCCUCUGUUCAUCAUCGACUCCGAUCUGACUUUGAGCAAGCAGAGAGGCAACUACCUUGCCUUCAGGACUGUCACACCAGUCUACAACUUCACCUUCAACGUGAACGCCGACAAGGACCAGGAGAAGGGAUGGGUUCUGAGCUACACCACUUCUCACAACAACACUCUGACUGAUCUCCUUAAUGUUACUCAAGCUGCCACAGCAACUCUGAGCCGUGAAGCCAUGUCGUUGAACGGUAUGUUUUACCACCCCUGGCUGCAAGCUGACAUGACCAACAUCCUCACACCAAGUGGUCCCAUCAAGCGAAUCAACGUGCCUGAGCUUAAAGAGUUCAUCGUUGAGGCCUACAGAAAGACCUUGGAGCUGAACAUGGAUGGGCUGAAGGAGAUGAGCCGCGAAGCUGUACAGUUGGUUCUGGACUCCCGUUUGGAGUUAACCAACUCACUUCGUGCUUACACACCAAUGGUCGCUAACCUGACGCUGGAUAACUCCUUCUUGAUCGACAGCACCAUGCUGCACAAUGUCUUCGACAUUGAAGUCAACCGCUCAAGAUGUGGAUCUGGUCUGAGAGUCAACACAACUUCCUUGAUCAAUGCCGAGGGCAUGAAGACUGGCCUGAGCUACAGAGUAAAGGGACGCCGUCUACCUGAGAUCACUGGUAACCAUACCAUUCAGGUCCUGAAGGAAGAUGAGAGCCACAUGAAGGUAGAUGUUCAGAAUGACUUCCUCUUCGGAUCUCGCUUUGUUAACCUUACCACCAAUGCUGACUACCAGAUCAAGAAGAUGAACAGGCCCUGGAGGUUUGAGGCCAUCAAUAGUGGCAUCAAGUACAACCUAACCAGCCCACUGAUGAACUCCUCCAUGGAAUCUGGUAUUUUCUUUGACAACUUCGAGAACAUCACCAACUUCAAUGGUAUUGAGUAUUCUCUGAAUCACAAUGCUACCUCAAGGUGGGCCAACACCUCAACCCUCUCUGGUAUCAGGUUUAAUGGAUUCAGGUCUCUCUUCAACUUUGAUGACAUCUCAACUGCUCUUGUACACAGCUUCAACUCAACUCUGACCAACUGGACCACAGAUGCUAGGUUCAACCUUCAGAACGUUCGCUCUUUGUUCAACUUUGACCGUCUGGAUGCUGGUGCCGAGUACAACAUGGCCUCUCGCUGGUCUAAUGUCUCAACUGGGGCUGAAUACCUCGUCGAUGGACUCACUGCUCCUUUUGCAUUUAGGCUCAUUGACGGCAAAAUUUACCACAACAUCACCACCCCCUGGUCCGAGAUGACAACAGAAGGUCUUCUUCAGUUCAACAACUUCAUCUCCAUGUUCAACUUUGGUGGAAUUCAAGCAUCAGGAGAGAACAAGAUGGUCUCUUCCCUGUCCAACUGGACCAAUGAUUUCAUCAUCGACUUCUCCAACUUCCGAUCUCUCUUCAACUUUGACCGCAUCCUCAUUGAGGCUGGCAACCGAAUGAACUCUUCCUUGGCAAACUCUUCCAACACUGGUGUGCUUGAGGUCAACAAUGUCCGCUCCAUCUUUGAGUUUGAUGAAGUAAGAUCCUCUGCUGUACAUGAUGUCACAACUCCAUUGGGCAACUGGACUCUUGGAGUUGGAAUGGACCUCAACAACUUUGUUUCUCUCUUCAAAUUUGACGAAGCAACAUUCGGAGCCAAGCACAACUUGACUUCCACCUGGUACAACACUACCACAGAGUCUGAGCUUGCCCUUCGCAACAUGAGAUCUCCAUUUUCCUUUGGUAAGAUCAUGGCUGCUAUGGAACACAACACCAACACUUCUAUGGGCAACUGGACAACAUACUCCGGCAUCUCACUAAACGGGUUCCAGAGUAUCUUCAACUUCCAGAGCAUUGAUGCUGCCUUGGGACAUGAGAUCAAAUCCCAGUGGGUCAACUGGACCACCAACUACAACAUGCAGUUGGAUGACGUCCGAUCCCUGUCUGUCUUCCGUAAUGCCAACAGUGAAUUCUCCACAGUUCUUACUAGCAAAUUGGGUAACAUGACCACCAACACCGGAAUGCAGUUUGAGGCUUUCAGGUCACUCCUAGACUUCAACAGAAUCGGCGCAUUCUACAAUACCUUCAUUAACUCCAGCAUCGUGAAUGCUUCUCACACCUUUGAAAAUGAAGUUGUCAACUCAAGAGGUCUGUUUUCUUUUGAUAGUGCAACCAGCAAGAUGACCACAAAUGUUGUUAGCAUUUUGGGAAAUGCUGAGCUCUCCAACAAUGUCCAGCUGAACAACUUUGUCAGCCUUACCACAUUCAGGAACAUCGAGCACACUCUUACUGUAGAUGUCAUCGCUCGUUAUGUCAAUGCCACUCACUUCAGUGAAUUGACUUUGGAUGGCUUUUCUGGCAUCUUCACUUUCGGUAAGGUUCAACACCAACUGCGUUCCAACCUUGUAUCUCGCUUCUUGAAUGCCUCCAUGCAAGAUGACCUCAAGCUUCUUAACUUUGUAUCUCUGAAGCAAUUUGAGUCUGCUUCCCUUGGAGUCAACCACAUUGUCAACAGCUUUAUUGGCCAGUUGGAGUUGACCCAAUCUUAUGGUAUCUCUGGCAUGCGUGACUUCAUGAGUUUCCAGAAGGCGAAUGCCAACAUCAUCUUUGUAGGCGAAGGACCUCUUGGACACCUCACUCUGAAGCAUGAUCAAAAAAUUAAGGACAUGUCUGGCAUGUUCAAGAUUCAGUCCGCUACCUUCACCCAAGAAGCUAAGCUUUUGGCUCGUUUCUUCAACCUUACGGCAGUCCACUCUCAGGAGACAAACCAGAUGGCAGGUCCCUUCAAAUUCCAACGUAUUAAUGGCAGCAUCAACUACGAUGUGAGCACCCCAGUUGGAACACUGAAGGCCGGCGCAAGUUCUGAUCUGAGUAACUUCAAGAACAUGAUGAAGUUCCGUCUUAUUAACAACACUGCCCUUCUCAACAUGACCAGCCGUUUCAUGAACCUGACCCACCUGACUCAGACAGAGUUCCACAACUCCCGCCGUUUGAUGGAUUUCGAGCACAUCAUUGCCAACACAAGCACCAACUUCUCCUCUCCAAUUGGAAAGGUUGCUACCACUUCUGUUGCUGAACUCAACAACUUUGAUGACUUUUUCAAGUUUUCCUUGGUCCGUGUCAACAACACUGUAAACAUCAGCAACUGCUAUCUUAAUGCCACCAGUGUACAUGGUGUAGAGUUCAACAAUUUCCGCAAAGCCUUUACCUUUGAGAGAGUCAAUGCAUCCAGUCUGUUGAAUCUUAGCACACCUCUUGGUGUUGCCAGCAACAUUGCUGAGAUUGCAUUUGAAGACUUCACCAGCUUGUUCAACUUCCGCAUCAUCAACUUCACUUCUCGUGCAAAUGCCAGCAGCAAACAUGUCAACGCUACAAGCCAGACUAAUGUUACGCUGAAUAACUUCUCCUCCUUGACAGCCUUUGAAAGCAUCAUUGCUCUCACCAAGAAUAACCUCAAUACCCCUGUCUUCAACACCUCAGGAAAAACUGGUAUUGAGAUGCACAACUUCGCAAGCCUGUUCAACUUUGGCCGUGUGAAUGCUAGCGUUAUUGCUGAGCUGACAAGCAAGUUCAUCAAUUCAUCCAAUGAGGCUGCAGUUGAGUUCAUCAACUUCACCAAGCUGUACACUUUUGAAAGAAUCAAUGCUACCGGAAAGACCAACCUGAGCACUCCCUUCAUCAACACCACAGCUGUGGGAUCUGUUGGUUUCCAUGACUUCCGCAACCUCAUUGACUUCUCUCGCAUCAAUUCUUCCAUCGAGGCUAACUUGACCAACUGUUUGGCCAAUUUGACCACCAGUGGCAGCAUGGAGCUGAACAACAUGUCCGGUUUUAGCAAGUUUGAGCUGCUGAAUGGCACCACAAGAGUCAACCUCAACAGUAUCUUGCUGAACUUGACCACUGCCACCAACAUGGAGAUCAACAGAAUGACUGGAUUUGCCCGCUUCCAGCGCAUGACCAACAAUGCAAGCAUGAACGUCACCAGCAGGUUGGCCAACAUGACUGCAGCAGUCAACUCUGAAGUCAACAACAUGACCGGUCUGAACAAGUACGAGCGCAUCCUUGGAAAUGCCAGCCUCAACUUCACCAGCAAGCUUGCCAACUUGUCUGCUGGCACUGGCAUGGAAGUCAACAACAUGACUGGUCUGAUGAUGUAUGAUAGAAUCUUUGCUAAUGCUAGCAUGAACUUCAGUAGCUGCAUUGCUAGCCUCAACGGCAGCUCCAACAUCGAAGUCAACAACAUGACUGGUAUGAUGGUGUACGAUAAAAUCCUUGCUAAUGCUAGCAUGAACUUCAGCAGCCCCAUCGUCAGCCUCAACAGCAGUUCCAACAUGGAAGUGAACAACAUGACUGGUUUCAGCAGAUUUGAGCGCAUUAUUGGAAAUGCAAGCCUGAACAUGACCAGCCAGAUCGCCAACUUGACCACUGGUACAAACAUGCUGAUCCGCAACAUGAGAGGAAUUGGUCAGUUUGAUCAGAUCAUUGGCAAUGCCAGCUUGAACUUCACCAGCAAAGUCGCUAACAUGAGCACCCAGCACCUUAUUGAGAUGAACAACUUUGCCAAUCCCAUCACUUUUGAGAAGCUGAACAUCACCAGUAACAUGGAUGUCACCAGCAUGAUCGGCAAGGUCGCCCUGAAGGGAGGUGUUGAAGCCCACAAUGUAAGACUCUUGUACACCUUUAACCGUGUCAAUGGCAGCAUCGCAGCAACAGCUGUCAGUAAGAUCGCCAAUUUGACCGCUGGAGCCAACCUAGGUCUGCAUGGUGUCGCUACUCCUACUAACUUCGGGAGAGUCGAGGGUGACCUUAAGUGGGAUCUUGUUUCCAAGUACUUAACAGCUGGACAGAACUCAAUGUUUUUGCUCGACCGUUUCCGUGAUCUCCGUACCUUCAAUGGCAUCUCUGGUAACACCCGCAUCUUCAUCGACACUCCAGUCUACGUCACUGAACUCCGCACCAACCUGAACAUCGACAAUGCAUACAACUUUGUCCAAGAAGCUGAGAUGCUGUCCGAGGUUAUCACAGGCAACAGGUAUCAAGUUAUCUUUCGACAGACAGCUAAUAAUGACCGCAUCCUGCUCAAUGCUACCAUCCCAGCUCGUGGAUCUCUCUGCGCAGAAGGACAUCUCAACCCUGUUGGCGAUGAGUUGACCAUGACUCUCUUCCACCAGAAGAAGGAUAUCAAGACUAUCGACCUGAGCUUGCUGCUUAAAUUGAACAACACCGGUGUCAUCUACAGCAAUGUCAGCUGGAACCCAGAGACCCUUCAGGCCAUCAAAGAAUUCAAGAAUGAGAUCUACAACAACCUCCUUGAGAUGGUCCGAAAUGCCAGCAACACCUCCAAAGUGUACCUCGAGCAAGGCCUCAACACCACUCUUGAGCUUCUGAACCAGGCAGUUGAUGUUGCUAACACCACCUACAACCUUUUGAACUUCACCAUCUAUAACCCACGUGAAGCUUUCCAGAAUUUCCGUGAGCUUGAGCAAGUCCAAAAGCUGAUGGAGAAGUGGAAUGUAGCCAUCCAAAAGGUUAAUGACACCAUCAGGGGUGUUGUUAACCGCAUGGAUUUCACCACAGUUGAAUCUAUCAUAGACAGCUUCAAGGCAUUGGAAGAAGUUCAGAGGGUUGAGCAGAUUGUGAAAGAUUUCAUCAGGAAGAAUUCCAAGAAGAUGUCACAAAUGAUCGACGCAAACGUUGAGAAAGUCAAGCAGCUUAUCCAGGAAUACACUCUAAAGGUUGAACAAGCCCGAGAGGAAUUUCUCAGAAUCACCAAGGACCCGGAACACCUCAUCAAUGUCUGGGUUAUGAAGUGCAUUGAUAUGACCGUAUACGAUGCCGCUGUAAAGAGCUACGACCUGACCCAAGACUACUCACUUCUAGCUUUGAAUUACUCAAAGAACUUCAGCCGUCAAGCUCUGAACUACACCAAGACCUUCAGCCGUCAAGCUCUGAACUACACUCUCAACUUCACCGAGUGGGCCGUCAAUAACACCAAGGGCUUCACCCAGUUGGCUGUGUACAAGAUCAACAACUACACCGUCCUGGUGUACAACUACACAAUGAAUGUAUCUAAGAUGGCUCUGGAGUUUGGUCGCAACUAUUCUGAUGAGGUUAGAGUGAUCUCCGAGGCUGCUCUUGAAUACGCUUUGUACUACAAAGAAUUAGCUCUGAAUAAAACCGAGUUGGUUAUGAAUGUGACCAGACCAUACAUUAUCUGGGUCGAUGAAAUCAGCAUGCCAUACAGAGUCAUCGCUGUCGAGUAUGCUCAACAGCUCAAGAAAGAUACCGGCAAGAAAAUGGUUGUUAUUUUGAAGAAGGCCAAGGCAGCUGGUAAAGCCUCCAUCAAGUAUGCUGUGAUUGGUUACAAGACCGGCCUCAGCUACGCGUCCAAUGCAACUGCCUACGUCAUUGAGAUCAGCAAGGACCCCGAGCAUAUCUUCAACAGGUACCUCGCUCAAUACCUUGAAGGCACCAUCUUCCAGGCUGGCGAGAGAGCUUACUACCAUGUCAAAGAUGCUGCUGACAAGUGGUACCUAGAGGCUGAGGUGAUCUACCAGAAGUACUACACCGAGAUGGAAGAGCUCAUCAACACCACUGUGGAGAAACUGUCAACUUUCGUGGAGCUGAAGCUCAACCAAUUUGAUGUCCUUAGCAAGAACGAGACCCACUCCAUCAACAUCUACCUCCGCAAGUACUUUGAGAAGAAUCUCUUUGAGAUUGUUGAGUUGGUUAAGAACAAGAUCAGUGUUACCCGUGAGAAUGGCCGUAUUCUCCAAACUCAGUUCAGGCAAUGGUUGAAGAAGGCUGCCAAGCAGCCCUUCGAGGUGACCAAGCAAGAAGUCAAGCAGUUCUUCAAUGCCAAGUACGAGAAAGCCCAAGUGCUGAUCGAGGAGUUCCUUGCUCGUGAGGAUGUCAUUGAGAUUCUUGAGAAGAUCAAGAAGCCUCUGCUCUGGGCCAACCAGACUCGCUUCCAGCCCCUGCAACAAACCAUCGAUGAGGUUAAGGUUAUCCUAGAAGAAGCCAAAUCCAUGGCCAAAGCACUAUACCUUGACUUCACUGAGCGAGAAGAGUACCAGCAAACCAUGCAAGUCUACAGAGACUUCAUGGCUAGAGAAGAUGUCACCAAGGUCUUAGAGGUUUCCGAGAAAAUGAUGCUGUGGGCCAACCAGACCCGCUUCCAGCCCCUGGAGGUGACCCGCGAGGAAAUCAUGAUGAUCCUGAGGAAAAACUCAGAGAUCAUUCGUGAGAAGAUCAUGACCUUCCCCGUAGAGUCCAAUGUAAGAAAGGCUGUAGCAUUUGUUACUGUCUUGGCUGAAGACACCAAAGUACUCGCCAUCAAGUACAUCGAUCUCGUCAAUGAGAAGUACAUCAUCGUGAUGGAUGUUGCUGAAGAGAAUUACUUGCUCGUCAAAGAAUACGCUGAAGAGAAAUACUUGCUCGUCAAAGAAUACGCUGUUGAGCAAUGGCGUUACUUGAAGGAAGAGACCACAUACGUUGUUCGAGCUGAGGAGCUUCUUGAACAGACCAAGGCUUUCGUGACUGACCAGAUCGAGUACACAAGAAAUCUUGCUGAAGAGGUUAAGGUUGCUUCCAUCGAGAUGGCUCAGGAUUACAUCACCUAUGUCAAUGGCACCAUGCCAGGUUGGUUUGUCCGUUAUUACGAACUGAAUCAGAUCCCAUUCAAGGCAUUCACCCGCUACGUUACCUUCCUCUACGACAGUCAAGACAGAAUUGUCUACGUUGUUCGUUAUGUCAUCUCAGAAAUCCCAGUCGUCUUCGAUAACGGCCUGAACGCCAUCGGACAAGUUGGAGAGCACAGCUAUGCUAUGAACACCAGCCACCCAAUCUCAUGGGCCAGCUUCCGCGAGACCCCCACUUUGACCGAGGCCCAGUGGAACAUGAUCGAGGAGACCAAGGACCUGAUCAAGCUCAACCUCAUUGAGCCUUCCGUCGUUAAGAUCAAGGAAUGGGUGAGACGUGCCAAUGAGACUCAACAGGAGAUCCGUGAAUACAUUGAGGAGGUAUACAACAAACCUGUCGUGCAGCAGCGCAUUUCAGAGCUUAGAGAGAAGAUCAUGCAGCUGAAACAGAACAUCACUGAAGAGUACAAGAAGCUGCCAACUCUUGAAGAGCUCAAAGACUUUGAUAAGCUCGCUGAGAAGUACCCAGUCAUCUUGGAAAUCAAGGAGAACCUGAUCGAACUCAAAGAAAACAUCACCGAGAAGAUCCCCACCAUUGAAGAGCUGAAGGGCAACUGGACCAUCUUCAGACAGAACGUCGAGGACAAUUUGAUUGUCCUGAGAGCCAACAUUGAAGACAAUCUGAUCGUCCUAAGGGCCAACAUUAAGGGCAACUGGACCAUCUGGAGGAGUUACAUCGAAGGAAACUACACCAUGCUGAAGGAAAACAUCAUUGAGAACUACCCAGUCUGGAAGGCCAAGGCAACCGAGUUCCUUAACAACGCCACCCAAAAGGUGGAAGAGAUCUAUGAGCUCGUAAAGAAGGAGUACCCCAAUGCAAAGAUCCAUGCACAGAAUCUCAUCAAGAUGAUCAAGGAAAAGACACUUGAGGUUCGUGCUGAAAUUGAAAGAGUUGCUCCCAUCUGGGUCGAGAAAGCUAAGGAACUGGUGCAGAAUUUGACUGACAAAGCCAACGAGUUGUACCCCGUCUACGUCGAACAGCUGAGAGACUUGAUGGAGAACCUCCGUAACAAGAUCGACAGUGAGUACCCACAACUGAGGAUCAAGGUCGAGGAAGGAAUUGAGAAGAUCAAGGAGCUGAUCGAGUACUUGAAGGAACUCCGUAGGCAGAUCCCAGUCGAGAAGAUCCUUGCUCUGCGUUACUACAGACCAUUCAGCUCAGAAGCAACUGCACUGAUCUUUGACUCACUCCAUGUCCUGACCUUCGACAACCAUCUGUAUGAGCACCCCGGAUACACCAACCCCGAAUGCACAUACUUGAUGGCCACCGACUACGUAGACAAGAACUUCACCUUGUUCAGCAACCAAGAGAAUAUAUUCCUGGCUCUGAAGGGUGUCCACAUGAGAAUCAACCAAGACAACGUUGUCUACUUCAAUGGUGCUGUCGUCCCCCAGGACAUCCCCUUCGAGGAUGAAGAGAAGACUGUCAAAAUCUUCCACCAAGGUCCAUGGGUCAACAUUUCCUCCUCCUACGGUGUUAAGGUUUCUUGCAACUCAAGAAACUUCCUGUGCUCCGUCUCCCUCAGCUCAUGGUAUCAUGGCAAGACACGUGGACUCCUCGGAAACUUGGACCGCGAGGCAAGAACAGACCGCAUCAAGCCCAAUGGCGAGAACGCAACAGACAUCAUCGACUUCGUCAACGCUUAUGAAGUAACCCACCGACCCGAGUGCCAGAUCAACCGCUACAACCGUCCCAACGUUCAAGUUCCAGGAUGUAGCCAGAGGAACCGUGUUGCUUUUGAGGCUCAGUGCAUGGAGUAUUUCAACAGUCCAGAGUCUGGCCUGCAGCCUGCCUUUGAGACCUUCAGCCCAGUAGAGUGGCUCCAAGAGUGCAGGAAUCUAGCUGACCAAUGCAAGGAUAUCUGUACGCUCACCAAGGGAUACAUUCAUCUGGCUAAUACCAAAGAGAUCUCUGUUGUUGAUCCGUGUGAACAAUGCGGUGACCGCCCAGUAGACUCCAUGUGGAUGGAACGUAAGGUUGUCGACAGCGCCGACAUCGUAUUCGUCGUCUCAGAGAACAAGCUCUUCAGAGGUCCAGAAGUCCUUGCCAACCUCAACACUCUCAUCAACAAGUUGGACAACACUCUCCGCAAGGCCAGCUCUCCAAUGGAAAACAACAUGUAUGGUCUAGCAGCCUUCGGCAGCAUUGGUGUCCAUGAGGGAGAUCACAGCCACACCAUCAACGGUUACCUGAUGAACACAGCUGCCAACAUGCCCAAGGGAUUUGAAAGCCUAGAUUCCGAAGGUGACUACCCAACAGAUGCUUUUGAUGCCAUCAGUCUCGCCGCUACAUACAGAUUCCGUGCAGGAGCAGCCAAGGCUAUCAUCCUCAUUGUCGAGAAUGAACGCCAGGUUGAGGAAUCCUACCUCACUCUCGCUGAAGUCCAACAGAAGUUGAACUCCCGCGGCAUCAUCCUGUAUGUCGUCUCCAACUACGAGUCCAUCUCUAAGAAGUCUGCCCCUGGAGCACCAGUCGGUAUCAAGUUCGACAAGACCAUCAUCACAGCAAGCAAGAAGAUCAAGGAAGGAGUAGUCAACAUCCCAAGCGGAAACUACGCCAAGCUGGCCAUUGCAACACGUGGAUCCAUCUUCCGUUUGGACAUGCUCCUCUCAGGAAACAAUGAGCUCCUCUCGAUGUUGCCGAAGAUCAUUCGCAACGAUGCCCUUCCCAUCAUGUCAGGUUCCGUUGAGAGACAGUGCCAGUGCGUCAUCAACCAAUAUGGCCUCGCAACCGUCAACUGCGAGAACAUCUGGUAGAUUAAAAAACAUCUCCGUAAAAGGUAUCGUAAAAUGAAGGUUUUUUUUCACGAUCAAGUUGUCAAUCUACACUACUAAUGUUGAACACUGCACCUUUUUUGGGUUGAUGGUAUUCCCAGUAUGACUCUUAACAGAAACCUUCAUUUUACAGUACUCUUUGGUAAUUUUUUUAUCGUGAUUGCUGUGGCUUUCAAAUUUCUGUAUUUUGUAAGUUUUUAAAGUUAUGAUUUAGUGAUUGAAGCGAUUAUGUGGAGCUUUUAUUUAAGUUUGGAAGUUAUUAAAACGUUUAUUUUAUUUUUUUGGCAAGGUAUCCAGUUCUAACAACAUAUUAUUGUACAUGGUGGAAUUUCUUUAUUGGUUUAUGCACUUAACAUGGCUUAAGGUUAAAAAAAAAUUCUUUAUAGAAUUUUUGGAAGUAAUACGUAUUUAAAUUGCAUCUUAUAUUCUCUUUACCGCAACAACAUCGCAAGGUCUUGAAAACGGAGGCCCUUCCAGCGGGAUAACUUUCCUUACUUUUACCAAAUUUUGUGACUCCAGAACUCUUGUGGUAUGUCUUCUUCUGUGUUAGAUCUUGUCAACAGAUGUCACCCACUUAAGCUGGUAUAUUAUAAGCUAGCUAGUAUAAGCUAAUAUUAAUAUAAAAAGUCUGUUAUAACGCACUUCAAUGCAGCAUGGAAAAGUAUUUACGCACUAAAUGGCACAACUGUUGAGUGGCAUCUUAUAACUUGCACCUAUAUUCACAUACUAAUAGUUUUAAACAGUUGUAGAACAGGAUUUAGAAACCAAUUUUAACGGAAUGUGUGUAGACUACGAUUUUCGUCAUCUGUUACUGAUUUUAUUUGUUUGUUUGUGUACCUUGCCGGUAAACAGUUUUGAAUAUCAAUGCAAUUAGUUAUUAUAAGGAGGGAUUAUUAAAUCAGAAGGGUUAAUAAAUGUUUUUGCAAGCAUAUCUUUCA